CAUUUAUGUAAACAAUUUUUGAUUGUAAAUGUAAAAUGAUCAUUUACGUUAAAAAUCAAGACUUUCCUCAUAGAACAUUUGUAUUGUCUCUUAGUAGACAAGAUAAGGUAGCCAGAUUUCGAGCACAUCUUUUACAUAUUUUAUAUGAUAUUGGUAAAGAUGAUCACCAAUUUAAGUUGCGAUACAAAGGAGAGAUGUUACGUGAUGCUGAUUAUCUAGGAGAUUAUGAUAUCAAUGAUAAUGCUAUAGUUUCAAUGAUACCAACUGAUAGUCAAAUGGAGAGAAUAUAUAGUCUGAUGACAUUGGCAAGUCAACCUUCAACUAUUGAUUUACAUACUGGACAACCACCAAAUAUAAAAGAUGCUUUAAAUCAAGAAAUCAAACAUUUUGAUAAAAGAGAGAAGUAUCUCAGUGAUUUUAAGGCUCUGUUGUAUAUUAAUACAUUAGUAAUAUUAAUGGCAGUAUUGACAGUAUAUUGGUAUUCUGUUGCCUGGACAGGAUUGUUAUUUCUUUUGGCUAUGCUAUUUGUACCUACAUAUACACGUAUUGGUGGUUUUGUUGGAAGUAAUACUCAUUGGAGGAAGUAUUAUUGUGUUUUAUUUAAUAUUGGAGCUGUGAUAUGUUUGGCUAUAGCAUUAUAUUUCUCAAUUAUAACCUGGACAACAAUUGUGAAUCAUGGUUGUAAAGACUGGAUGUUUGUUGAUGAUUGUUCCCAUCGUCAAGUCUUUUCUGCCGUAUUAUAUACAAUUCAUUCAGUGUUGCUUAUAAUAUCUACAGUCAUUGUGUGUUUACUUUUAGUGAACUUUAGAGUGGAGACUGGAGAUUUUAUUGAGAAAUAUUUGGUUCAAGAGAAAGAUAUAGAAAAGGUUGUUAUUAUUGCUCGAACUGGAAGGAUGAAAGAAAGAAGACAAGCAGCCUAUGACUUGGCCACUCUGGCAGCUUCAAGUAAUGAAAAUAAGCUAUUAAUAGCAGCUGAAGGAGGUCUACAAGUAUUGGAAACUCUAACAUUAAAUAAGGAUUCUUCAACACAAGAGAGUUCUUUAGAAGCAUUGGGUGAACUAUUAAUUGUACCCUCAAUACAGGAAAUAUUUCUAAGGUCUGGAGGGUGUCGUUCAUUAUUAACAGCACUGAAUUCUCCAAACCAGAGAGUCAUGUACGAAGCAGCUAACGCUCUUUAUACCAUUGUGUCAGAAUCAGAAGACAACAAACAGGCCCUUAUUCAAGGUCAUGGCAUAGAAGAUUUAGCCCAUGCUGGUCGUGAAGGUAAAGUCACAUGUCAACGUGUUAUUGCUGGUAUAUUGUUAGAACUAACAUUUAAUAGUGAAAUUAGAGCUCAAUUGUCAUCAACUAAUACAUUAGUUGAAGUUUUGACAGAGCUUUGUAAAAGUCAAGAUCUGGACACUAAAAGAUUUGCUCUGCAGUCUCUAGAAUUAAUGGCAAUUGAGAAUUGUGAUUUAGUUUGUUCUCAGGAUAAUCUUAUAGAAAUUUUAUUGGACAUUCCUUUAAAAACUUUGGAUGAGAAACUUUAUUUAUUGGCUGCAAAAAUAUUGAUGUAUUUUACUGAGAAUAUUGAAACUUGUGAACAGUUGUUAAAUAAUACAAGUAUUAAAGAAAGUUUAGGAUUAUUUGCUAGAAGUGAGAAUCCUGUACAACAGAGAGUUGUAGCUCGAAUUAUUUUCUUGACUCUUGAAACUAGGUCUCUUAAGAUACAGGCUAUUGAUAUGAAGUUAAAUAAAAUAUUGGAAUACAUUCGAGAACAUCCUGCUGAUAGAGAAACUUGGGAUAUGGCUGAUCAAGGUUUAUCAUUGAUGAAUUCCGAGGAUGAUUUAAGUAAUCUACCAACCUUAACAACUUUAGAAAAACUGAAAAAGAUGGAAACCACCCAUGGAUUUGAUACAAGCUCAUCUGCAACUGCUGAUAGUAUAAAUAGCUCCGAUUCAGAUUUGAAAAAACAUGUUUAAGUUUAUUAUCUAAAUUAUCCAAAUACAAAUCUAGUUUUUUUGUU